UGCGCGCCGCUCGGCGCCAGCCUGGCCGCCUUCUACGGGCGCUUCCGGGCCGAGGCGGCGGCCGGCGGGGCGCAGCGCCUCGAGAUCGUCUUCGUGUCGGCCGAGCAGGAGCAGCCGCAGUGGCAGGAGGCGCUGCGGGCCAUGCCCUGGCUCGCGCUGCCCUUCGCCGACAAGCACCGCAAGCUAAAACUGUGGAACAAGUACAGAGUCUCCAACAUUCCCUCGCUGAUAUUUAUAGAUGCCGCCACCGGGAAGGUUGUGUGCAGAAAUGGCCUCUUGGUAAUCCGAGAUGACCCAGAAGGUCUGGAAUUCCCCUGGGGGCCAAAACCCUUCAGCGAAGUUGUGGCAGGGCCUCUGCUCAGAAACAAUGGCCAGUCAGUGGAUAGCGCCACCCUGGAGGGCUCUCAUGUGGGGGUCUAUUUCUCAGCACACUGGUGCCCGCCCUGUCGAAGCCUCACCAGGGUCCUGGUGGAGUCUUACCGGAAAAUCAAGGAGGCGGGUCAGAAAUUCGAGAUAGUCUUCGUUAGCGCAGACAGGUCAGAGGACUCUUUCAAGCAGUACUUCAGUGAGAUGCCCUGGCUGGCCGUCCCCUACUCCGAUGAAGCCCGAAGAUCACGCCUCAAUCGGCUGUACGGCAUCCAAGGCAUCCCGACCCUCAUUGUCCUGGACCCUAAAGGCGAGGUGAUCACGCGGCAGGGGCGAGUGGAGGUGCUGAAUGACACUGAAUGCCGGGAGUUCCCGUGGCACCCCAAGCCCGUCCUGGAGCUGACAGACUCCAACGCCGUGCAGCUGAACGAGGGCCCCUGCCUCGUCCUCUUUGUAGAUUCGGAGGAUGACGGUGAGUCCGAGGCGGCCAAGCAGCUGAUCCAGCCCAUCGCCGAGAAGAUCAUCGCUAAGUACAAAGCCAAAGACGAGGAGGCGCCACUGCUGUUCUUCGUGGCAGGCGAGGACGACAUGACCGACUCCCUGCGGGAUUACACCAACCUGCCGGAGGCGGCCCCCCUGCUCACCAUCCUGGACAUGUCAGCCAGAGCCAAGUAUGUGAUGGACGUCGAGGAGAUCACGCCCGAGAUUGUGGAAGCCUUUGUGAGCGACUUUCUAGCGGACAAGCUCAAGCCCGAGCCCAUCUAGGCGGGCGCCCGUGGACCUUGUUUAAAGCAGGGCUCUCCCCUCCGCUCGCGGGACCUCCCAGCACCCUUGCGUGCAGCCCAGUAUCCAACCUCCUUGUGGUGCCUUGUUUUCUGCAGUGAACCCUUCUCCCGAGCAAACUCCUCGAGAUGCACUUUCAGCAGGGAGUCACCGGCGUUCGGAGGCUUCGCUCGUGCUUCAUGGUGAUAUAUUCUCUUGUAGCCUGGCCAGAACUGUUACUGUCCCUGUACUCUGUAUCUGGCACUAGCUAGCAGGCAGAUCUUCUUUGCAUGGUGUUCUUCCCAGCAUAGGCAUCUGGCAGUGGACGGGGUUCUCGGGCCUCUGAUACCUCCUCCUCUCCUCCCCGUCUCCCGCCCUGCCCCACACAGACUGUUCCGAAGAAGCAAUAAGGAAAUGUUCCCACCCCCAGCCAUCCUCCUGGCUCCGGCCGUGUCGCAGGCCAAGCACUGACAUCCUUGGCACGUGUGGCAGUGGCCGGGAUGCUGCAACCCCUGCCCUCCUCCUGGUGAGAACUCCUGUGUCCAGGCUGUUUUCUCUGCCCCCCAGACAUGCAAGUCGGAGGGAAUCCCACCCCAACCUUCCCCCCAGCCAUGCAGAGAAACAGCACAGGGCUGCUCAGACCUCUCCCACCCCUCCCUUCUCGUCUCCCACCUCCUUUUUUCUUCCAUGUUCUCCCACUCUCUCCUUUGUGCCCUCCUCUCUCUGGUAUGAAAUGUCCUCCCCUGUACGUAGCUGAUUGAACCAUUUUUUGUAGCUGUGUCCCAAAUCCAACCUUAAUGGUGCUGUUCUUUGACCCCUACCCCACCCGGGCAGCACAGCUGAGCCCCCGGAAAAGUGACGUUGUAAAAACUGUACAUGGUGAUUGGCCCUUUGUAAUAAAACCCACGUCCGACCC